AGACACACCGCCCUCUGAUUGGCCGGCGAGUCUCACCCGACCCAGCUGUCUGGUUGUUGUGUUGUCUGUCCGAAAGAGAAGCUGUUUAGCUAUUUAGACCGCGCCGGGUUUUUAGCUCCCUCUUCUCUGCUCUGCUCUGCUCUUCUCUUCUCUCCUCUCCCUGCCAGCGUGCUGAUAAUAAUGUGAAGAAGCCACUCUGCAGUGGUGGGGCGUAAAAAAAAAGCCAAGUGACCGGUUACACCAUCUGGCGAGUGGGAGAUUGGAGCGAGCAAGCGAGAGAGAGCGAGCGAGAGGUAAAGUAGAGACGGUGACGUCACGGCUUUUUUCUAACCUUUUUUUUAGUGCCAAAUGUCCGGCCUGGAUGAGCAGUAUUGGAGCUGCUCCCGUGCACCGCAGUUGGAACGCAAUCUUACGUCGUCGUCGCCGCCACCGCCGACCAACUGGUUGGUGUCCAAAGGCGAGGAAAUGAUGUCCAUCAUCACGUCGGUGCUGGGAAGCGCCUACAGCUCGCUGCGCCGCCACCGGACAUUCAACUUGAUCCGUCGCGGCUUGGUGCUUUUCGCCGUGGGGGUAAUCCUCGCCCUGGUGCUCAACUUGCUGCAAAUUCAGCGCAACGUCACACUCUUUCCGGAGGAGGUGAUGAGCACCUUGUUCUCGUCCGCCUGGUGGAUCCCGCCGUGCUGCGGCACUGGGGCAGCGGUGGUGGGCCUGCUGUACCCGUGCCUGGACAGCCAUCUUGGCGAACCGCACAAGUUCAAGCGAGAAUGGGCGAGCGUCAUGAGGUGCAUCGCCGUCUUUGUGGGCAUCAACCACGCCAGCGUUAAACUGGACAUUGACAACAGUGUGCAGCUGUCGCUCACCCUGGCCGCUCUGUCGCUGGGCUUGUGGUGGACCUUUGACCGCUCGCGUAGCGGCUUCGGCUUGGGCGUCACCACCGCCUUCCUCGCCACCGUUUUUACUCAGCUGCUGGUCUACAACGGCGUCUAUCAGCUAGUGUUGAGAAGCCGCACAGCGACUGAAGGCAACGGACCCCGUCCCGUGGCCACCCCAGCAGGACAGUGUUUGCCUUUUUUCUUAUUUUGACUUCAUCGCUGGUUUGACUUUGACUUUUAAGACAACAGUCUUUUGAAAGGGAAACUUUGUGCAUUUUUGUUAUUUUAGCAUGCCGUGAAUUGAGACCCUCCCCCCCCCCCCUCACUUUUUGCCUGCCUUCUUUAAAGUGACUCUACCGCAUUGUGGAGGGAGGAAUGAGGAGCAACAGGAAAUGUCCCCGGGAGUGCCAAUUGGGCUAGUUGCUAACUAGCAUGACGUCCGCAAGAUAUGAUUAUCUUCCUUGUGUGCUUAAAGCUAAUGAAGCCAAUUAAGCAAUGGAAUUAGGUUGCCACAUUUCUGUUGUCAACCAACUGACAACAUGUUCUUCUCAUAAAUGGAAAACAACUUAGAUUUUAAUAUCUGAUUCUGGAGAAAUAAUCAGCUAGUGUCAUUGUCAUUCAGACACCAGCAAUUAGCCAGUAUUAGAAGAACAGCCUCCAGAAUUCCUCCAGUAUAAUCCAAACAGGAGUCAGAGCAGAAAAAAAACCCCGAAUUGAACCAUUACCAGCGCCAUGAAAGUCAUGCCUUAACAGGUCUGGGCGUCACGGAAGCCCCAGAUAUGAAUUAGUAUCAAGAUGCAAAAUGCAAGUCCGAAAUGAGCUCGUGCGGCAGUUGGGAGAGCAAAAACUCCGGGAACGAGCCAGUAUCCAAAGAAUGGACAGACGGAGGAAUUGGUCUGUCUGUCUGUCUGUCUGUCUGUCUGUCUGUCUGCGUGCGUGUCAAGCGUUUCGGGAAGGGGCCGAAGAGGAGCUUUGCAAUCUGUGAUUGCCCGUGUAUUGUCUGUCACAUUGUAUUUUUGCUUUUGUCGCUAUCAAGCAUUGUGUGGGGGUUGUAUAACAAAUGACACUAGCAUACAUACAUACAUACAUACAUACAUAUUCAGGUGUUACGACUGUCAGUAUGGGGUUAACUUGGGGAGAGGUGAAGUGCAAUCAGGACAUGCAUGCGCAGGCCAAUUCUUAUUUAUUAUCAUUUCUGAUAUGUCAGAAGUCGGGAUGCAUAAUUGAUCCGCUCGGUGUCAAGGUGGAUUCAGAAGCUUUACUUUGGUUUUGAGGUGAUGAAGCACCUCGUUUGUGAUUUAGCCUUUUUUCAACUUUACCGGAAAUAAAAUACGUAUGGAAAUGA